CCGUCGCCCAGGUUCGACCUCUUUCCAACUCACCACCCUACUCUUUCUCCCUUCUGAUAUAUCCCUACAUUAUCGCUCUUUUGCAUUGAAUGCUCUAAUAAUACACGCUAAACGGACAUGCUGCACGGCAACUCUGUCAGAAUCCUGACUGGAAACAGUCACCCCGAGCUCGCCCAGGCCGUGGUCGAGCGGCUCAACGUCCCUUUGACUCCAUGUACGGUCAAGAAGUUCUCGAACGGAGAGAUCGACGUCAAAAUUGCAGAGUCCGUCCGCGAUGAGGACGUCUUCAUCAUCCAGUCAGGCUGCAACGACGUCAACGACAGCCUCAUGGAGCUCCUCAUCCUCAUCUCUGCGUGCAAGGGCGCCUCCGCCCGCCGGAUAACGGCUGUCAUCCCCUGCUAUCCCUACGCACGGAUGGACAAGAAGGACAAGUCGCGCGCACCCAUCACCGCCAAGUUGGUCGCGAACAUGCUCGCCGUCGCUGGCUGCGACCACGUUAUCACCAUGGACCUGCACGCCAGCCAGAUUCAGGGAUUCUUCGACUUCCCGGUGGACAACCUCUACUCGGAGCCGCUCAUGAUCUCCUACAUCAAAAGAAAUAUAGAGGGGUGGAAGAACAGUAUUAUUGUCAGUCCAGACGCAGGGGGAGCGAAGCGGGUCACAGCUAUCGCGGACAAACUUGGAGUAGAGUUCGCCCUCAUUCACAGGGAGCGGACUCGCAAGUCAGAGGCGGCGCCGGAGAGAAUGGACGUUCUCGUGGGAGACGUGCGUGACAAGGUGGCUAUUCUCAUAGAUGAUAUGAUUGACAGUGGCCGAACACUCGCGCUCGCCGCACCUCUGUUGAAGGAGAAGGGGGCGUCGAAAGUGUUCGCGUUGAUUUCGCAUGGUCUGCUGUCUGAGAUAAGCAUGAGCAUGAUACAGGAGCUGCCGAUCGAGCAGCUUGUGGUCACGAACACCGUGCCCCAAAAACGCCACGAAGAGGGUUGCUCGAAGCUUGUUACCAUCGACGUUAGCCCUACAAUCGCGGAGAGCAUCCGUCGGACGCACAAUGGGGAGAGUAUCAGUUUGCUUUUCGGAGACUGGGCGGACGGACUGGCCGUCAACGGCGUCGGUAGCUACUGAGGGGCGAAGUUCUGCAGAGACAAUGUAUCACCUACAUAGAAUGUACUCAUUACCGGAUACUGCAGGACAAGUGUUCAUUGGACCACGGCGGCGUGAACGCGAUGCCGGAAGCUCUGGCGCAUGCGCGUCUAUUGAAAUGCAACAGUAGGACGGGAGCAGGCAGUGUAUGUCGAGACUGCGUUUAGCACUCGAUU